AUAACUCUGGAAACUUAAAGUAAACGUAAACCUCUGCUGCUAUAUAAAAAUGUAUAAGUCUGCAGUCUGUGCUUUUUUUCCCUGUGGAUAUUACCUAUUUCAAGAAUCUCGUGUGAAUAAUAACAUUAAAUUUGCUCCGCAGCGAACGCUCAAGGAUGUAAACCAUUUAUUUAUUGUACUUAAACGUUUAGCGAAAUAAAAAUUAAGAUUAGAGCCGUAAUGUUUCAAGAAUCAGAAUGUAUUCCUAAUGAAACAAAUAAUCGAACUGCUACAGUUUAGUAAAACUGUAUUUAGCAGCGAUCCAUUUAUGAAACUUUUUACAGUCUGAGAAGGCAUAACAGAAAUAAUACAGUUUAACAGCUUGUCAAGAAAUCUGUAGCACCGAUAACGAUUCAAAAUUAAGCGAAGUAACACUGUUACUAAAAUAUCCAAUUAACAAAAAUUUCCUAAGAAAUAAUUUUAAACGGAAAAUGAGCUACAGCGAAGGUCCAGACAAAGGACAUGCUUGGGUUAUUGCAAUUGCUGCUUGUGCGAUUACCAUGAUUCUUUCAGGAAUCUCUAAAAUGGUAGGGAUACUGUAUGUAGCUGUUAUAGAUACGUACGACACCACAAGAUUUGAAGCAACUUUACCUUUCACCUUCAGGAAAUCUCUUCGAUCUUCAGCAGGAAUAGUUGUAGGAGUGAUUGGCCAACGCUAUGGAAUCCGAACUGUUACUUUGUGGGGAGGUGUCAUCGCAGCUUUGGGAGCCGGCCUUUGUUUCGUAGCGCCUACGGUAACGUGGCUUGCAGUCUGUUGGGGUGGAAUUCAUGGUCUGGGAGAAGCUUUUGCCAAUACACUAUUUCAAGUCGUCGUUAAUCAAUACUUUGUGAAAUAUCGUUCGACAGCUUCUGGCAUAGCUCUGUCCGGGGCAUGUGUCGGAUCUAUUUGCUUUUCUUUCCUAAUCGAAGCUCUCAGAGAUGCUUAUGGACUUCAGGGCACUUUUCUUAUCCUUUCAGGAAUUAUUUUGAAUGUCUUACCAGCAGCAAUACUGCUAAAGUCACCAAGCUGGAUACGAAACGGUAUUAAACCCGUUAAUGAAAAAAGCCUUCCACAGAAAACACGACCUAAUAUGGUUCAUGAUAGUUACGUGAAGCUGAAUGCCGAAAAGAUGAGCGCGACUUCUCUGGCUCCUCCCCUUUUAGAAAAGAACGAAAUUUUCAGUGUGGCCAAUGCUCCUCUGAAAGCAGUCUCUGCAACAAACUUAACUUCCAAUUUCGAAGAGAAGUUGAAAAGUGAAGAAAGAUGCGACAACCUUUCGUUUUCAAGCGAAAAUGAAAUCAAUAAAGUUUCUUUAGAGAAAAGACUCAGCAUUCAGAAUAUAUUUCCAAUGCCUGAAGAAAGCUCGGAUCGUCAAACUUCACGUAACGAUCUGUGCGAGGAUUCUCUGAAGAAAGAAAUUGAGACAAAACAAGAAAAUUCACACCCUGAAAAACCAAAAAGUUUAUUGGAAAAUAUGAAAACUAUAGUCAGACUUUAUAAAAACCCCAUUUUUAUACUAUUAUGCGUUUGUAAUGCUACAUAUGUUUUGAUAUUCAUUCCUAUCAUGACCAGUGCAGUUGAUUAUGCUAGAGACAAAGGUUUACCAGAGUAUAUAGGAAAAUACUUAGUACACGCCAUGGCUGUUGGAGAUAUAUUUGGUCGUCUUUGCUUUGGCUGGGUAACAGACAAAAACUUCAUGACCAUCCCACACUAUAUGAUCCUGACAUUAGUUCUCGAAGGUAUCUUCAUUAUGUUACUGCCCUUGACUUCUAGUCUAGCCACAUACUUGUUGUCACUAGCUCUCUAUUCAAUGACAGCUGGAAGCAUGAUGGUUCGCAUACCAGUCCUUGUAUAUAAGCAUGUGAAAAAAGACGAAAAAUCAGUAGCAAUGGGUUGUUACGGUUUUGCUUCAGGACUGGUUCCUCUUGGAGUGCCAUCCCUAAUUGGCUAUUUUCGUGAUAAUAAAGGUUCUUACGAUGGCAUGUAUUACAUAAUGGGCAGUUUAUCUAUUCUUUCUGGAGGAUUCUGGCUUUUAGAACCCAUUUUGGUAAAGCUCAAUAACAAGCUAGAGCAACACAGAGAAGACGCUAUCAAGGUAUAAACUGAAAUUUAGCAAACUUGAUUUCCAAGGCAUAUGGAGACGUUACUAUGGAGAUGACGACUUCGAAUACAGGAUUUAAGCCCUGUAUAGCGAAGAACGUGUGAAUAGCAGCAAUUUACUGCAGUUAAAAGAAUCGAUUUAUUUUAUUGUUUUGCUUUUGCAAGACUAUGGAAAAAGCUUUGCUUUGCAAAAGUCUCAAGCAUUCGCAAGUUAAUUUUUCCAGUUUAAUUAAUUAAUGAGGUUUGAACAAGUUCCUGUUAAACACAGGAAAGAUUAACUUCAUAGGAUACUUCUUCAAGUGUAGCUCUUAGGGGGGAUAUGAGGGAAAAAACAUUAAGAGCGACUUUAUGGCAGGAUACGUAUUUUAACAUAAUUUUAGGGAAAAAGGUACAUACAAGGUGUGACACACGCACACACACCGGGAAAAAAAAAAAAAAAAAAAAAAAAAAAAAA